UCUUACAGUGAUGCAGUUAUGAGUCCAUGCUGCUGCUAAAAACAACAUCAAGAGAAAGACGUUCACGAUAGUUUUAGUCAUUGGUUGUGGUUUAUGACAUUAUUUUGAAGUAGACUGACAGGACAUGAUGGCUGAUAGAGAGAAUGUUGAGCGCCCAAACACAGCUGGUCGUAACCUGAGGGAAUGGCUCCAGGAGCAAUUCGGCGACAGGCCUCUGGAACCGAGUGAGGACAUGCGUCUACACAAUGCUGCCCAUUUGGGAGAUCUAGACACUCUCAAGACCCUACUACAAGAAGACAGCUUCAAACAGCGAAUCAACGAGAAGUUGAUUUGGUCAUGUGGUUUGGUACCCUGCACUCCCCUGCGUAUUGCUGCCAUGAUGGGUCACAGCACAUGCGUGGAGUUCCUGAUCUCUCACGGAGCUGGAGUGGACCUGGUGGAUGUGAAGGGUCAGACUCCUAUGUUCGUGGCUGUGGUUAAUGGACACCUGGACUGUGUGAAGAUCCUUCUGAGAGCUGGUGCUGAUCCGAACGGCAGCAGGCAUCACCGAAGCACACCUAUAUACAACGCUGCACAAGUGGGCCGAGUGGACAUCCUAAGAGAGCUGAUCAGGUUCAAUGCUGAUGUUGACAUUGACCAUCGACUGGAACAGAGGGCUAUGUACGGCACCCACACUUUGGCAACUCUGGCAGUCUGUCCACUGUUCAUCAGCGCUGUUUACCACCACUUCCCCUGCUUCCAGAUGCUUCUGAAUGCCGGGGCCAACCCAAACUACAACUACAAUGGCCCCGUGAACAGGGAAGCGCUGGUCAGGGGCCGGGCCUCCUGUAUGCUGGAUGCAGUUCUGAAACUCGGAUGCGAACCCGCCUUUGUUUGCUUGCUGUUGGACCAUGGCGCUGACCCGUAUCUGGUCCCCUGGUACAAGCUCGAUCCUGACAGCAUGGUUCGCUUAAAGGUCAACGCUGAAGCCCUUCAAAUCUUCCAGGAGGCCAAAAGAAACCCGAGGAGAUUGAUGGACCUGUGCCGCAUUAGAAUCCGGAAGAUCAUGGGCAAGGAGCGUCUGCCAUGUAUCUCUUUCCUUCAGCUGCCAGAAAUCGUCGAAAGGUUUAUGUUUCACAAGGAUUGAUGUGGCUCUGCUUCUCCAUGUAGAUGGUCGAUUAAUUUGAGGGCCAGUAGGUAAGUGGCCACUCGCUCCCCAACAUUACUUACACUCGAAACCAAUGUCUUCCAAGGUAAUGGCAUUUUUCUGUGUUGGUUCUGGGGGAAAAUCUGUGGAAUAAAGCUGAGAAUACUACAAUCUUAUUGUGAGUAUAAUGCAUAAACACAUUAGCUAAAAUAUUUAAUAAACACUCUGUUGCUGCCAUUUCAGAGAGUUUUAGAUACUCGGCUUGCCAAAGAAAAAUCACUGUAGUACCAGUAGUAAAAUCACUGUAACACACUACGUUUUAUGGCUUAUUGCUUUAAUGAAGGACAAUAUUGAACACCACUGAUGAGAGAAAAUCAUAUUAAGAUUAGUCUUAUAUUUGUUAUUUUAGCUAGUGAGACAGCAUUAAAGUAAUGACUCUGGUGCUUUUUUAUGUUUUUAUAUCGCCAACAUGUGAAUAUAAUGCUGAAAAUGU